CGCUCAAGAAGUCAAUGCGUAUCUUCUUCGCACAGGCUGCCGAUUGAGAUGCCAAGACAUUACGGGCCAGAUAAGUGUGUCCCGCAUUUUUACAUGCAGUAAACGAUCCACCUGCAAAUACUUCUCAAUGGACCGGCAGAGGCGUCUGUUAGUUCUUACGAUCUUCAUCUCGAGCGUCAUAUUCACUCUUUGCUGGUCAUUUAUUCUUUUCUUAUGGCAUAAGGAAUAUCUGGUUCUCCACGAUCGUAUUGUCCGCUCGAUCAUAACAUAUCCUACCGAACUCACUCUCAUAUCCACUGUGAUAUCCACGAUUCUGUCUGUGACCACCACAGCCCUUUUCACAGUCGCCGUCAAGCAUGCACUCAGCCAUUAUAUCACUCAGCCAUUGUCACUAGUUGAACUUCACACCGCGAUAGCCCUCACCAAACCUCAACCUCUUAUUCGAUGGAACCACCGCAAGCUAUCUCUUAUCACGGUGUUCAUUGUUGGUUUGAUCACACUUCUUAAUUCAAGCUGGACGACAUUGCUGUUGCCGACACACCUUACAUGGCCUGUGCCGAUCCAAGGCAAAGAUCUGGACCUUGCAAGCCCUGCAUUUGAUACGCAGCUAGGUAACGAUAUGUAUAAUGGGAACAUAUCUUGGAAGAAUGCCAGUUACAUGCUUGAUGUCAUAUUGCCCAUGAGCGGGACUUCAGCCUCACGUUUAGCUAUCGCAGGCGGAGAUGACAGUGUCUUUGCCUUUAAUGGUGUCUCAUACAGCAAAUCUAGCAGUGGUAUUGUUCCAGCGGUUGAAGAAUACGCAGGCAUGUCAUUGACAACUUAUGACAUUGGUCUCAGUUACUAUGGUGGAAAAGUCGCUGUCCAUACUACGCCAGUCCUCGAUAACGAACACUCCGGGCUUUCUAGAACUUAUAACGUAACACAGCAGGGUCUUUCAGCAUACAUUACAUGCAGUGCCCUUGAUCCGAACGACACCCAGUACUCAAUAAGCAUCAAAAGUUCCGCUCUCAACAGUUACGAGAUCAUGUUUUGGAAUAUGACAGUAAAUUGUCCUGAACCUUUUGGCAGCAUUUGGAACACCUGGGCGACUGAGGAGUUCCAGAAAGGGGACGAUACAAAUGGCUUUCUCGGGAUGAUCAUCUGUCCGGGAACAGAGAAUGCCACUUCUUUUGACAUCUUCCUGCAGGGCGAAUGGGGAUAUAAUUUCUUGGGUAAAACAGUUUGCAAGGUUGCCCCAUAUGUGGCCUCGUUCGAUGUAACAUACAACAAUGGAAAUAUUUCCAUUGAUCGGCCUCGCUACAUCCAGCCACUUCGGAACACCAGCGUUAAUGUUACUGAAUUCAUCUUAAGCGUAGUGUGGGAGCUAUCUUAUUCCAGCCAGACAACAUGGAGUAACCCUUUGGGAGAGCUGCUACAUCUUAACGGAAUAAACCCAACGCGCUCAGUGUUUGAGGUACUUGAAGACUAUUUCCGUGGCAUUGUAGAGUUUUCUGCUACAUACCUUCGCUCUGCCUACUCUGCAGAAGGUGCUGCCACUGCGAUGCCGGCCUUAUACUCUGACCAAAGUGCUUUCAAAUCCCUGAACGGAACCAUGUCAGUGAUGACCUACGGCUGGUCUAGCCAUCACCUCACAUACAUCUAUAUUCUCGGAGUUCUGACAGUCAUAUGGGCUGUCACUGUUUCAGCUGCGGCGUAUAGUCUGAUCCAGGGACGUGCUCAAUCGCAUCCCUUAUUUGAUGCGGCAAACCCAGUCCAUCUCAUGAUGGCAGCUUCGGCAGGAGGACUAGAAAACCUCGCAGGUUUUCACCCUGAUGGCGUUACGAGUAGUGAACGUGUACGAGUGCGUCUCGAAGCUGACUGUGAUGAUCUAGGAGAAGGGGCGUCUAGCGGUUCUAGGAUGCGGUUCAGGAUUGAGUCGGCAUAGGCUAUCAGAUGCAAUGUGUACUUGGUCGUCAUAUCGUGCCAGUAAAUUCAUACACAUUCAUGUCGCCACUGACCAAGGUACUCCAGGGUAGCAAAACAUUGAUGCUGUC